AGUUUUUGCAACGGCUAAGAGCCUGUAGGUUUAUUAUAAGGCGGAGCUCGGCGGGAGAGGUGCAGGCGGGAGCCGAGCCGGGAGAAAUCCAGCAGUAAAGAGCUGACUGCAGCCGGCGGACCCCACAGCCCUUCCCCAGGACAGCCGUGCGCUGCGCACCCGGCGGAGCCGGCUCGGAGUCCCGCGCAGUCCGCGCAGCCCAGACUCGCGCAGCCCGCCGCGCCCCCGCCGCGGGUCCAGGCAGCAUGAGGCGCGCGGCGCUCUGGCUCUGGCUCUGCGCGCUGGCGCUGCGCCUUCAGCCGGCCUUCUCGCAAAUUGUGGCCACAAAUGUGCCCCCCGAAGAUCAGGAUGGCUCUGGGGAUGACUCUGACAACUUCUCCGGCUCAGGGGCAGGUGCUCUGCAAGAUAUCACCUUGUCGCAGCAGACCCCCACCACCUGGAAGGACAUGGGGCUCCUGACAGUCGUGCCCACAGCUCUAGAGCCCACCAGCACUGAGACCGUCGCUGUCUCCACCUCCAUCCUGCCGGCUGGAGAAGGGCCUGAGGAGAGAGAGGCGGUGCUCCUGGCAAAGGCGGAGCCUGGCUUUACCAGCCUGCAGAAGGAGACAACCCUUCCACCCAGUGAGACCACACCGCACCCAACCACUCACCGGGCAUCCACAGCAAGAGCCACCACUGCCCAGGCGCCUGCCACCUCCCACAGGGCCAUGCAGCCGGACCGCCACGAGACCUCAGCGCCCACAGGACCCGGCCAUCUUGACCCUCGCCUUCCCAGCGUGGAGGACAGAGAUCCUUCUGCCACCGAGAAGGCUGCUGAGGAUGGAGCUGUCACCCACAUCCCAGCAGGAGAGGGCUCUGGGGAGCAGGACUUUACCUUUGAAGUGCCCGGGGAGAACACACCUAAGACUGCUGUGGAACUGGACCAGCGGAACGAGUCCCCAGUGGACCGCGGGGCUACCGGGGCCUCGCAGGGUCUCCUGGACAGGAAGGAAGUGCUGGGAGGGGUCAUUGCCGGAGGCCUCGUGGGGCUCAUCUUUGCCGUGUGCCUGGUGGGCUUCAUGCUGUACCGGAUGAAGAAGAAAGACGAAGGCAGCUACUCCUUGGAGGAGCCCAAACAAGCCAACGGGGGGGCCUACCAGAAGCCGAGCAAACAGGAAGAGUUCUACGCCUGACGGGAGCGGUCCUCCCCCGCCCCUUGCCACUCGCUAGGCCCCCACUUGCCUCUUCCGUGAAGAACUGCAGGCCCUGCCUCCCUUGCCACCGUGCCACCUCCCCAGCGCUCCCAGCCCCUCCAGCCCGCUCCCUGCGGAGUUCUGGGGCACGCUGGGGUCUCUCCUCUGCUUCUCUGACUUCUGCCUGGAGACUGGGGCCCGCGGGCUUUCUGCAUCUGACCUUGUCACCACAGCCAGCACCUGGCAUCUCACCGUUCUGACUCAGUUUCUCCGACCUGGGACAGCCCCUCCCCAGGCGAGAGAGAAAAGGGACCCCACUGCUUUGGACCUGGAUGGCCCUGUGGCAGGAGAUGCAGGCGCUGAGGGCUGACAUAUCCGUAGCACUUACUGGUAGAGACCGACAGUCUGGGGGGUGUUUACCGUGGAGUGGCUGGGAGAGGCGUUCAGGGCUCCAUCCGAAUUCACUUUGUUUUGUGGGGAGGUCUCAUUUAGAUAUCAACUUGGUUUUGCACAUGUUCUUUUAGUUUCUUUGUUCAUAGCCCAGCAGACAUUAUUCCUUUUGAGGUAAGUUAAGUAAGUUGACGUGGUUAUCCCCCCAUCUUGGCUUCCCUAAUCUACGGUCAGGAGACAGCAUCAGGGUUAAGACGACUUUUGUUUUUGUAUUGUUGUGUUUUUUAACUAGGAGAACCAAAUCCGGACGCCAACCUAGAGGCCUAGCUAAUGUGUUGUCUCUUGAGUUUGUCGCUCACGUGUGCAACAGGGUAUGGAGUGUCUGUUGUGUGGCCCCGUUGGUGGGCUGACUGAUCCUGGCUGCCACGGGCAGUCACUUCUUCUGAGCAGUCAUGCCUGUGGCCAUGAACUUGGGGCCACGGCUGUGGCCUGGACUGCUGUGAUGUUAAGGAGCCCAUGUGAGAGUUGAAUCCUGGCACCUCAGGCUGGGGACAGAGAGGACUGCGGGGCGGGGGCGAUGGCAGUGGGCCCAAAGAGUGGCCCGCAGACCGAGCCCUUCCUUUGACACCGUCUCGGGGGACGCUUUUCUCCUGGAAGGUGACGAGAAGGGUCUUGGGCGUACCUGGCACUGAGCUGCUCCAGAGGACCAGGUUCAUCUUUGAUUAGCUCCUGUGGCCCUGCCUUGGGCUGGAAUCAGGAAUGUUCCAAAGAGUGAUAGUCUUUUGCUUUUGGCAAAACACUACUUAAUCCAAUGGGUUUUUCCCUGUACAGUAGAUUUUCCAAAUGUAAUAAACUUUAAUAUAAAGUAGCCAUGUGAACUCUGCUGCCUUUGCUUCUCUCUGAGCUGGUCAUGUGGAUGUGACCAGCCUUUCCUCCGAACACCAACAAUAAACACUAAACACUACACACCAACGCUAAAAGCUCUGCGCUUUCGUCUUUCCCGCGGGGAGGGAUUCUGGGCCUGGAGUCCCUCUGGUGUGUUUGGUUUUUUUCGUCUUUGCUAAAAUUCUUCUGGAGGUCAGUAGGUUCAGCUAUGGUUAUGUAAGGCCUGAUGUAAAUGUAUGUGUUGCCAAGCUCCAAGCACCGUCUCCUAAAUGGUUAAAGAAACUGUGACAGCCCCAGCAUGGCUUGACCUGAGGCCGCUGGCCCCACUGAGGCCUGGAGCCAAGGCCUGCCUCUCAGACACCUUGGACAGGCCUCCUCUCACACCUUUGCUAGGACCAGAGGCCCCAGCCCGGGGCUUCUCGGAACUCCUGUACUUGCUUAUUUAAGUUGACAACGUUCCAGCUGCUGUGUUGGCUGCUCCAAGUGUGUGUGUGUGGGGGGGGCAUCUGUGACUCAGAGAGACGCACCGCCCAACAAAGGGAACCUGUGCCCUGUGUUCAACAUUGGGACCUUCUGCCCAGAGUGGAUGACUGGACAAGACUUGGGGAUGGGGAAGGGGUCUGUGACCAUGCUCAUGUCUGCUGGUCUUUGGUGGCGCCGAGCCUGUGGCUGGGCCCAUUCAUGUGAUGCUAAUAAACGGUACUUGUCAUUCCAGGC